AUGGGAAAGGACGUGGAAAAGUCCACGAAGCUAAAGGAAGAUGGGAACCACCACUUCCAGUCUGGUGACUUUAUAGGCGCCGAGAGCCUCUACUCCAAAGCCAUCAUCGCUGACGAUACGAACCCUUCCUUAUACACAAACCGUGCUAUGGCACGUAUUCGACUAGGACUAUACGAAUCGGCUAUCGCGGACUGCAACGAGUGUCUCAAGAUGAGCGGAGAAAAAGGUAAUCUAAAGGCUUACUUUGUCCUUUCCCAGUGCCAGCUGUCUAUACACGAUUACGACGCCGCGCUCGAGAGCGCUCUGCAAGCCCACCGUUUAUGUGUCGAGACCAACGACAAGUCGCUAGGCCCUGUCACCAAUCAAGUACUACGGUGCAAGAAAGAGCGUUGGGAUGAGAUGGAGAAGCACAGGACCCGCGAGGGACAGGAGCUAGAGAAGCAUCUUAUUGGCCUAUUGGAGCGCGAACGCGAGGAUAUGAUCCGUUCGUGCGACAACGACUUCGAUAAAGACCAGAUCAAAGAAGAGUGUGACCAGAAGAUUGAACUGCUACGGUCAACAUUUGAAAAGUCUAGAGCCGCAUCGGAGAAGAAACGGGAGGUCCCUGAUUGGGUGAUUGAUGAUAUUAGUUUCGGUAUCAUGGUCGAUCCAGUGGUUACCAAGACUGGCAAGUCAUACGAGAGAGCAUCUAUCAUGGAGCAUCUCCGAAGGCAUCCCACCGAUCCCCUAACGAGAGAGCCGCUACAACCUAGCGAGCUGAGGCCAAAUCUACAACUCAAGGAGGCUUGCAAAGAGUUUCUAGAUCAGAACGGAUGGGCAGUUGACUGGUAG